AUGUCCGUGUCGAAUCCCUCAAGUCAACGGCAGCGCGAGCGCCCGCAAGGCGGCCAGACGCAGAUUCAAACACUAUCAUCGACCGUGACGCAAACCAGAACUGAACCGCCAGCGGCCCCUGCGAUUCUUCGAUUGCGCGGUUCGCACCCAUCUUCAGACCACCGCGUCCAAUGGGCAGAAUCCGUGGUAGAUAACGAGGGGCUGGGCCGGAAACGAUCCAAAGUAUGCUGCAUAUACCACGCUCCCCGCCAAGUGGGGGAAUCUUCUGAUGAAUCCUCAUCCGGCGACGACUCGUCGUCCUCGUCAGACACGGACUCAGACAGCGGCGGCGUACCAGACGAUCCGCGGGAACGAGCGAUGGCAGCAAGGCGACGUCAACAGCAGCAGGCUCAUGGUCAUAGUCACAAUGACAAUCGCGGGGAGCGGGGCCAACAACAGCGCAGGCGUAGGCCAAGCCCUAACGAAUACGAGAGGCAGCCGAAGCCGAAACCAAGUUCAAAUCCCGGAGGUGGCGACGGCCGGAAGCCGAAUAACAACGGACCCAGCAGAACAAGAUGA